AUGCCCGUUUCUAAAUUCCCCUUUGAAGAAAAGUACCAGUAUCUCAAUGGUUUUGGAUCCUUCCAUGAAUCAGAAGCUAUAAAGGGUGCCUUGCCUAUUGGCGCCAACUCUCCCCAGAAGGCGCCGUAUGGUUUGUAUGCUGAGAAGCUAUCCGGCACAGCAUUUACAGCACCUCGGCAUGAGAAUCUUCAAACAUGGCUGUAUCGCAUCAUUCCUUCGGCUUCUCACACCUCCUUUGAGCCAUUGAAGCACAACAUACCUGAGUCAGGGGGAAAGCUUCAUCAGAUUCCGAACCAACUGCGCUGGGAUCCAUUUGACAUCAACAAGGAGACAGAUUGGAUCAGCGGCCUCCGGAAAGUUGGUGGUGCUGGCGACCCAGCCCUAAAAACAGGACUAGGCAUCUUUAUCUUCGCCGCCGGACGGAACAUGGAUCCCAACGUGGCUAUGUAUUCCUCAGACGGCGACAUGCUAAUUGUGCCCCAACAUGGUAUACUCGACAUUCAGACGGAAUUAGGCAACUUACUUGUACGGCCCAACGAGAUUGCUGUUAUACCUCGGGGGAUCAAGUACCGAAUAGACCUUCCAUUGAGUCCCGUCCGAGGGUAUAUCCUAGAGCUGUACCAGGGUCACUUUGUUCUACCGGAGCUGGGGCCAAUUGGAUCAAAUUGUCUGGCGAACCCAAGAGACUUCCAGGUUCCGACUGCUGCAUUCAACGAGGAUUCGAUUGAGUGGUCCAUCGUUAACAAAUUUAACGGGGAUUUCUUCAUUGCGACACAGAACCACACCCCAUUUGACGUUGUGGCCUGGCAUGGAAGGUACUAUCCUUACAAAUAUGACCUGGGCCGCUUUUCUGUCAUUGGUAGCAUCUGCUUCGAUCACCCGGACCCCUCCAUCUACACUGUUCUUACAGGCCCUUCGGAUCACCCAGGAACAGCCGUUGCUGAUUUUGUUAUCUUCCCACCUCGAUGGCUUGUGCAGGAGGACACAUUCCGGCCCCCAUGGUAUCACCGCAAUACAAUGUCCGAGUUCAUGGGCCUAAUUUGCGGUGACUAUGAUGCCAAGACCGGAGGUGGUUUCCGUCCCGCUGGAGCUAGCCUGCACAAUGUCAUGUCGGCUCACGGACCCGAUGCGAGCACUUUCGAGCGAGCGUCAAACGCCGAAUUGAAGCCGCAGAAGAUUGGCGAAGGAAGUAUGGCUUUCAUGUUUGAAAGCUCUCUGAUGAUCGGGGUCACAGACUGGGGCUUGGAGACUUGUCAGAAGGUCCAGAAAGGCUACAGCGAGGAUAGCUGGAAAGGUCUUGUGUCUCACUUCGAAAGGCCGGAACAGAAGUGA